AUGGCCGUCUCCGUUUUCCAUGCAUACGCCCAUUCAAUGUCUUGCCAGGUCGAUUAUCAUCCACGAUUCAUAAGCGGCUUUGUACUGACAGAUGGAGAAGGACUUGAGCGUCUUUGGUCCUACCUUGGAGGAUUUGUCUCAAUGACUAGA